GUCAAUGUCAUUUUAAUAUUCAACAAAAUAUGUCAUUUCCUAGCGAUCGAUGUUUACAUAUUUUACUUGUUUAAUUUCUUGUCCAAAGUUUCAAACGUGUAUCUUCUGAUAAAAUAAACCAAAUUAAUAGCUAAAAUCUAAACACAAUUGAGUAAAAAUUGUCAACAUGCCCGACACAUCGGUUCUACCAAAUAAAUACUCUGAAGGCCCGCACGGCUUAGGCGAUCCAGAUGACAAAAGCUUAAGGAAAGUAGAGAUUGAAGUAGUCAUACCGAAGCUUAUGAGAGAGGUAGCUAAAGCAGAGAAAUGUGUCAAAGAAGUUGAUGAGUUUAACAAAUGUUGCAUAGCGUCUUCGCUUUUAAUGGUUGUUAAAUGUAGAGAGGAGAACUCAGUGAUGAAAUCAUGUCUGACAAGUUGGUAUGACAAUCAGGAAUUCAGGCAAAGAUGCACUGAUCUAUAUUUAAAUGAAAGAAGUGAAUAUAGAAGAACUGGCAUUAGAAAGCCAAUGAAGCGAGCAUAGACAUUUAAGAAACAGUUGUUAGUAGUAUAAGUAAAUAAAAUCUGGCAUAGUUAUCAUCAUUAUUUAUUA